AUGUCCAUCCAUCAGACUGGUUCACACUUACCACAUGUUCAUGUGCACAUAGUACCUCGACGCGAAGUCGAUUCCGACUCUUCUCCUAACAAUCUGCACGGAAAAAUACCUACAGAUGACAAGGAGCCACGAGGUCAACCUCACAGUCAAGAAGAGUUGAGUGCAGAAGCAACGCUAUACAGGAAUUCGAUGAGGAGCAUCUGA